CGUGCGUUUGUGUUUCCAGGCAAACGUGGACGUUCAUUAUAAUACACACCUUCAAACCGUGGACACUCGCCAAAUGCGGACGUCCUCGGUGAAAAAAAACUGAAGCAAAGGGAUUAGAUAGUGUUUGGUGUGUCCGAAUUAAAUUAUCGCAUCGAUCCAAGGAAGUCCGCGGUAUCCUGUGCUAAAUCAUACAUAAAGUGUGUAAAGGAUCUGCCGUGUGUCAUAUUUCACCGCCUGACACGAUAGAGGAGACCCUAAAGCCCUCUAGUGGUUCUUCGAGGCCAGUCCGCGGUCGGGCAUCUUUCGCGCGCCCCAGGUUUUUCGCGGCAAUUUCGGUAGCUAGUACAGUGGCCGUGCAGUAUGCGCGUGGACGUGGCCACGUCCACGCGCAUACAUGCAGAUCACGAUUGGAAAAGCUAGCUGCACUGAACAACUGACAACAACAGAGAGAGAUACUUCCUGUAACUUGUUCGAAAUCAUGGAACGAUCAAGAAGGCGGGUUUCCCCAGAGCAAGUGGCAAAGAAGUGGUGUCAAAUAUCACAGGAUCAGUCAGGGUUUCAGAAGAAAUACAUCAACCAAUACAUUGGUUAUGGUCUCUUUGCAACCAGAGAUUUCUCCAAAGGCGAUUUCUUAUUGGAAUAUAGAGGGGUACACAGACCUGAUACAGCUGCUGAAACAGAUGAUGUUGAUAACACCUAUGUGUUUGAGUACAGACAUAAUGGGAAAGAUAUGCUGAUCGACGCCACAUGCCCUAACUCCUGCCUUGCUCGAUAUAUCAACGACUGCCACAAAGACCCAACUCCAUUAUGA